UUUAUUUAUCCCAUUCCUUUCUUAUAGAGAGAAGAGGGGAGAGAGAAACGACGUAGAGCCGAAGCAAAAGCGAUUCCCUUUUUUUUUACUCUCUCUUCCCCUUCUCCCCUUCCUUCUUUUCUCUGGCCUAAUCCUCUCUCUCUAACUUACUCUAGAGAGAGAGAGAGAGAGAGAGAGAGAGGGUGUGUGGGGGAGAAAGAUCUACUGAACCCACUGAGACCAAAGAGACAACAGAAGAUUUGAAUGGAGUGAUGUGGUGAUAAUUAUAAGGAGAAGGGGGAAGGAGCGAAAAAUGGGUAAGAAGGGGAAGUGGUUUGGUGCGGUGAAAAAGGUGUUUAGCCCCGAAUCUAAAGAGAAGAAGGAUCAGAAAUCGAAGAAGAAAUGGGGAUUUGGGGGACCCAAGACGCCCGAUCCGAGCUCUUCGGAUCUGCCACAAAGCGCUUCUCAAAAAGAAGCAGCUCCUCCUCCUCCUCCUCCUCAUCCCCAUUCUGAGGAGAUUAAAUUGGCGGAGGUCGAGAACGACCAGAGCAAGCAUGCUUAUUCUGUGGCGGUGGCCACCGCUGCGGCGGCAGAAGCUGCGGCUGCCGCAGCUCAGGCCGCCGCCGAAGUUGUACGGCUCACCACACCCACAGAGAUCCCCGGCAAGUCGAGAGAAGAGAUCGCAGCGAUCAAGAUCCAAACAGCUUUUCGAGGAUACUUGGCAAGGCGAGCACUGCGGGCCUUGAGAGGGCUGGUGAGGUUGAAGUCUCUGUUAGACGGCAAUUCUGUGAAGCGCCAAGCGACGAACACAUUACGUUGCAUGCAGACGCUCUCCAGAGUUCAAUCACAGAUCCGUUCGAGGAGACUAAGAAUGAACGAGGAGAACCAGGCUCUUCAUCGUCAGCUGCUUCUCAAGCAUGAAAGAGAACUCGAAAGUUUGAGGAUGGGAGAAGAAUGGGACGACAGUCUUCAAUCCAAGGAGCAGAUUGAAGCAAGUCUGGUAAACAAGCAAGAGGCCGCGAUAAGAAGAGAACGAGCACUAGCUUAUGCAUUUUCUCAUCAGUGGAAGAGCUCUUCGAGAUCAGCGAAUCCAAUGUUUAUGGAUCCAAACAACCCACAAUGGGGGUGGAGCUGGCUGGAGCGGUGGAUGGCGGCAAGAUCUUGGGAGAUCCAAAGCAAGACGGAUAAGGAAAACAACACUGAUCGCGCCUCUCUGAAGGCCACCAAUCAGAACACUGGGGAAGGAGAGAUAACCCGAGCCUACGCUCGUCGCGAAACCAAACUGGACCGCCCCUCACCCCCAACCCCGAAACCGAAUUCGAUCAGGCCUGGAACCCGAAAAUCCCCCUCUACCCCCAACUCUCGGGCGCCGAAGAUCAAAUUGGAUAGUCCUAGAAAUGGAUUGAGUCAGUUGGAAGAUGAUGUGAAAAGUAUAGUAAGUGCGCAAUCUGAGCGGAUCAGGAGGCAGAGCAUCGGGGGAUCACCGUCGAUCAGGGACGACGAGAGUCUCGCGAGCUCUCCUUCACUUCCUAGCUAUAUGGUGCCGACAGAGUCUGCUAGGGCUAAGUCUCGCUUGCAGAGCCCAUCAAUCGAAAAGAUUAUUAAGACUCCGGAAAAAGGGUCGGCUGGAUCGAUUAAGAAGAGGUUGUCUUUCACUGCAGGGGAUAAACACAACAGCGCAUUGCCGCUGAUUACAAGGAGGCACUCAGGCCCUCCUAAGGUGGAUAUCGCCGCCAUGAAGGGUAUAGAAGUUCGUUCGGAGCUCGACGCAACCAAUGGUGCGAACCAGUGACUGGCCGAGCUUGAAACAAGGCUACUUAAAAGCAAAUUUAUUUAUCUGAAUUUGAUUAAUUGGUUUGAGUUGUUCAUUUAUCGGGGCUAAGUUUGCUGCUACUAGAUUAUUGUGAUGCAUUCAUUUCCUAGUCCUAUCCUAUUUACCACAUUAUUAUUUGUUGUUGUAAUUGAACGCAUGAAGAUUUGGUUUAAGUUUCUGAGAAAAGAUGUCUGAGUUGUGGCACACUUCUGUCAAUUUAUGUGAUUGCGUUGCUUUGCAUGCUUUCUCAA